AUGCUGUCGUCGCGCCUCUCGAGAGCUCUCCCAAGAGCCACCCGCUCUGCGGGCUUCCUGCACAAGUCUGCCUCUCCUGCCUUUGCCCGUUUCCAGUCUACAGAUGAGAAGGUGAAGGGCUCCGUGAUCGGUAUCGACCUGGGUACUACCAACUCGGCCGUUGCCAUCAUGGAGGGCAAGACGCCCAAGAUUAUUGAGAACUCAGAAGGUGCCCGUACGACACCAUCAGUAGUUGCCUUCGCAGAGGACGGUGAGCGUCUGGUCGGUGUCGCUGCCAAGCGUCAGGCCGUCGUUAACCCCGAGAACACCCUCUUUGCCACCAAGCGAUUGAUCGGCCGCAAGUUCAACGAUGUCGAGGUCCAGCGCGAUAUCAAGGAGGUGCCAUACAAGAUCGUCUCCCACACCAACGGCGACGCUUGGGUCUCGGCCCGUGGCCAGAGCUACUCUCCGUCGCAGGUUGGUGGUUUCGUCCUCCAGAAGAUGAAGGAGACCGCCGAGUCCUACCUCAGCAAGCCUGUCAAGAACGCCGUCGUCACCGUCCCUGCCUACUUCAACGACUCUCAGCGUCAGGCCACCAAGGACGCCGGUCAGAUUGCCGGUCUGAACGUCCUCCGUGUUGUCAACGAGCCUACCGCCGCUGCUCUGGCCUACGGUCUGGAGAAGGAGGCCGACCGCGUGGUCGCCGUCUACGAUCUUGGUGGCGGUACUUUCGAUAUCAGUGUGCUCGAGAUCCAGAACGGCGUCUUUGAGGUCAAGUCCACCAACGGUGACACCCACCUGGGUGGUGAGGAUUUUGACAUCCACCUGGUGCGACACAUUGUUGGCGACUUCAAGAAGGCCAACGGCAUUGACCUGUCCGGUGACCGCAUGGCUAUCCAGCGUAUCCGUGAGGCUGCCGAGAAGGCCAAGAUUGAGCUGUCCUCCUCUCUGCAGACCGACAUCAGCCUGCCUUUCAUCACUGCCGACGCCUCCGGCCCCAAGCACAUCAACCUGAAGCUCACCCGCGCGCAGCUCGAGAAGAUGGUCGACCCUCUCAUCACUAAGACCAUCGAGCCCGUGAAGAAGGCCCUCAAGGAUGCCAACCUCGGAGCCAAGGAUAUCCAGGAGGUCAUCCUGGUCGGUGGUAUGACUCGUAUGCCCAAGGUCUCCGAGUCUGUCAAGAACAUCUUUGGCCGUGACCCCGCCAAGUCCGUCAACCCCGACGAGGCUGUGGCCAUCGGUGCCGCUAUCCAGGGUGCCGUGCUUUCUGGUGAGGUCAAGGACCUCCUGCUGCUCGAUGUUACCCCUCUGUCCCUCGGUAUCGAGACCCUGGGUGGUGUCUUCACCCGUCUGAUCAACCGCAACACCACCAUCCCCACCAAGAAGUCCCAGGUCUUCUCCACUGCUGCCGACUUCCAGACCGCCGUCGAGAUCAAGGUCUACCAGGGUGAGCGUGAGCUCGUCAAGGACAACAAGCUGCUCGGAAACUUCCAGCUGGUCGGCAUCCCUCCUGCCCACCGCGGUGUGCCCCAGGUCGAGGUCACCUUCGACAUUGACGCCGAUUCUAUCGUCCACGUCCACGCCAAGGACAAGUCCACCAACAAGGACCAGUCCAUCACCAUUGCUUCCGGAUCUGGCCUGUCUGAUUCUGAGAUCGAGCAGAUGGUCCAGGAUUCUGAGAAGUACGCCGAGGCUGACAAGGAGCGCAAGUCUGCCAUCGAGGCCGCCAACCGUGCCGACAGCGUCGUGAACGACACCGAGAAGGCCCUCAACGAGUACGCUGACCGCCUGGACAAGACCGAGGCUGAGCAGAUCAAGGAGAAGAUCAACUCGCUGCGCGAGUUCAUCUCCAAGAGCCAGGCUGGCGAGGGUACGCUGACUGCCGCCGAGAUCAAGGAGAAGACCGACGAGCUCCAGAUGGCCAGCCUGAACCUCUUCGACAAGAUGCACAAGGCCCGUGCCGAGUCUGGCGAGCAGAACACCUCCAGCACCGAGGGCGCUGCUGAGGGUGAGAAGAAGGACGAGACCAAGUGA